UGCUAAAAAAGAAAGAUAGAAUGAUGUUUGUGUCGACUUGUGUCGCUUGCUGGAAAGCUUUCUACUGAAAAUUGAACAAAGAUAAAACCUACACGGUGUAUAUGUAUCAGUUGUGCACCCGAGUGAAGUUUUCGAAUGCGGUCCAACACUGUUCAAUCUGAUUUGGGGGGGUCAGCCAUCUGCUUUAGCCGCAGUCAGAGCCACGUCAUAUUUGUGUGCCGCCGUCGAGCGAGCUGCGCGAGCUGGCUCUCUGACUCCUCCGCGGGUUUUUUUACGUAAAAUCACACCCCCGCGACCGUAAGCAUGAAUAUAUUCCGACUGCUGGGCGACCUGUCGCACCUUUUAGCCAUUAUCAUCCUACUCCUCAAAAUAUGGAAGACACGGAGCUGCGCCGGUAUCAGUGGCAAAUCGCAGAUCCUCUUUGCGAUUGUUUAUACCACCCGUUAUCUAGACCUGUUCACCACAUUCAUCUCGGCGUAUAACACGUUCAUGAAGAUCAUAUUCAUCGCCACGUCCCUCGCCACGGUCUUCUUGAUGUAUGUCAAGUUCAAAGCCACGUACGAUCAUAAUCACGAUACGUUCAGGAUCGAGUUCCUGAUCUUACCCGCGUUUGUCCUGGCACUGUUAAUCAAUCAUGAGCUGUCCCCUGUCGAGGUCUUGUGGACGUUCAGCAUUUACCUAGAGUCAGUGGCGAUAUUACCCCAGUUGUUCCUGGUGUCAAAAACAGGCGAGGCGGAAAGCAUUACCAGCCACUACUUGUUUGCAUUAGGAUCAUACAGAGGCCUGUAUCUGUUCAACUGGAUCUACCGCUACUACGCUGAGGAUCAUUACGACUUGAUCGCUAUAGUCGCCGGAUUGGUGCAAACAGUUCUCUAUUGUGACUUUUUCUACCUCUAUAUUACCAAAGUACUCAAAGGCAAGAAGCUACAACUACCUGCUUAGCUUCAGUUGAGAGUAUUAUUCUCUUGUAUCAGAGAAACAUUCAACUGCCUCUGUGGCAUCGCCAAUUCGAGAUAAAUUCGGCCAAUCCUGGGAGGCUCGUCGAACGUGCACGGUAGUGUACGUUUCAACUAAGUAUGAAAUGUCUGGCAGCGUUCCCUUCCCAAACAUUUUCUUCCUUCCUUCCGUCGUCCUUCGUACAAUGCCAUGUGCUGCGUCUCCUUUCCCAGGACGAGAAAAGUCUAAGUUGCCUUUAUUAUUUUCUUUCGCGUACUUCAUUUCAAUUAAUGUAUAUUAUCGCAAGAUCAAAAGAUAGCUGUUUAUCUUAAAAUUCAGAGAGUCAGUAAAAUAGGGAUGAAGAGGAGAGAAUGUAGAACCAGAAUUUUCACUUAUAUUUACAGUUUAUAUCGUUGUAACUGUCAGUAAUAAAUAUAGUUAAUAAUUAAA